AUGACGGGCCUCAAGGUCACGUCUUCUCUUGCCUCCUCUGCUAGUAUCGCCUCUGUUACCGCCGCCAUCACGAUGGCGGGUUUCAAGGUCACGUCUUCCCUUGCCUCCUCUGCUGGUAUCGCCUCUGUUGCCGCCGUCGCGAUGGCGAGUCCAGAGGUCAGACUCCUCGCUGGUGCCACCUCGAGCGAAAAGUUCGGGUUCGCCCGUGGAAAGGUCGCGGCCAUCAAGCUCAGAUUCUUGAGCAGUGACGCCUAA